GAGGGCGAUGACAACUUUGCAGAGCACGAGCACCAGCAUUUCACCCAUGAGGAGCAAAACGAACCAGACGCAGAGCUCGAGGCGGAGAUGCUGGAUGAGAAUGAUGAGACGGAGGCCACUGAGCCUUUAGAGGAGCCUCAUGAAGAGGAGCGGGAGGAGCAGCCGCACUAUGAUGAUGGGCUAGAUGAUGAGCAGGAAUAUGAGAAGCCGGAGGGGCCCGAAGCUCCCUAUGAGGACGACGAUGGGGACAGCGAUACCGAAGUGCUCCUCACAUGGUCCAAGGACAAGCGUGGGAACUACAUACAGCACGAGAAGAGGGUGAAGCGUGAGCCCCAGGUCGAGGAGCACAAGCCCCCGAUCGAGAAG